UAAGAAUAUACGCACGAUGCAGAAUAUUGACAGCAGCUAUUUUUAUACAUUAGUCGUACUACUUAAAAUAGACAUAUCACUUAUCCUUACGAAUUAGCUUUAAUAUGGCAGUAAAGAUCCAGCAGGCAGUCCAGUUAAUCCAUCAGAUGAGUUAUGUGUUGUAACAUCUGUUGUUUACGUUUUUGUUUAUAAUUAUAUAAUUGAUAUUUAGUUCCAAACGUCUCAACUUGACAGAUACGAGUUUAUAUACCAAUGGCACACCCUUCAAAGCACACCUGUAUUUUCUUAAAACUGCUUUUCAACGAAAAUUCUUGAGAAAGUACAUGUGAAGACAUCUGUUAUAGAUCGAUAGCUCGAAAGAACGGCAGGGUUCUGAUCGCUAACGCUAAGUUCCACGUUCUUUUAUUUGUUUAAUUGUGUGUGUGUGUGUGUGUGUGUGUGUGCGUGUGUGUGUGAAAGUCAGUCAUUUACACAUCCAUGGUUUUGUAGGGUCCCGUUUUGAGGACGUUGUUUUCUUCGAUGCUUAUUUGCUUUUAUGCAUUUUUAUAUAUCAUGUAAUUCAUGUUCUUCAUUUCCAGAUUGCUCAUCUCUGAGAAAAUGCAUAAAUGUAAUAUUUGCGAUGAGUUGUUUUCAACUUGUAGACAGCGCAAAAACCAUAGGAAAAACAUACAUGGCAAGUUACAAUGUCUGUGCAGAAGAAAAUUUGUUUUGGAGAAAGAGAUGGAACAACAUAGAGUUGCAAUGAAAAAAAACGCGAAGUAUUAUCGAUGUCCUGACUGUUGUUUAUCGUUCAAUACCGAAGAAAGUAAGCAGACACAUAUGAGAACAUUUAAACACGGCUGUCCUACAGACAUCGGGGGUAACGAAACCAUAAAGCAAGCAAAACCGAAAAAAAGCCGAAGCCGAAAUAAGAAUAGACAUUGCAUUGGAGAGCAUGUAUGUACUUCCUGUGGUUAUAAAUUUGUCAAACAAAGCAGUUUGUUACAACACCAGCAACACAAGGGUCAUCGCAAUCAGUCUGAUGACUCGAGAUUCAGUAUGUUACAACAUCAGCAACACAAGAGUCAUCACAACCAGUCUGAUGACACAAGAAAAAGUUAUUUUGACAAUGUUUAUGAAAGGAGUGUCAAAGUUGAUAAAGAGGACAUGAAUGCUUCCAGAAGAUUAGUAGAUACUACGAUGAGCAGACUCAUGUCUCACGUUAGAGAACAACCAGGUGGCGCCAUUUUUAGUCCAAAUGUGAUUAAAGCAGGUAGCGUUCCAGUAAAUGCUAAAAUAGGCAAGGCUGAUGAAUUUGACACCAAUAUAGAACUGAACAUAACACCUGCAGAAAUUCGGCACCAUGGAAAAUUGGGUUAUAGCUAUCUGGACCACGGAGACAGAGCUAGCAUGAACAUAAAAGGUGAUAUUUGAGUAAAUGGGGAAACCAAGAUGAUUCCGCCGGGAUUUGCGACAGCAAGGGCAGAAAAAGGCAGCGUCCCGGACGAAUUACUUCACAAUCAUGACAUUAUACCACGUAAAGUAAAGCAAGACCUAUUCAACAAACUGAAAACUGCUAAAAAUCAACUUUCUUUAAAUGAUGUCGAUAUAAGUACAAAAGCACAUGGUCCAGCUUUAACGAUGACAAUUCACCCGCCAAAAGAAAGCGGUGUAAAACAUGAUAUAAGCGUAGAUGUGACACCUUCUCUAAAGUCUGAUGUCUCCGUAACAGAACAUGGAUGGCCUCGGCCAGCAACAAAGAGGGCAUUUGGUGAAGAACUUAUACAUGAAGUUAUUCAAACAGGUACGCAUUUGGUACCAAAGAAAGAUGAGUUUUGGUCAGUUUCAUACUCGAAAGCUGAGCGGAUUCUUUUGUCAAGAAUAGAUGAAGGCAAUGGAUGUAGGAAGAAAGUGUACAAAAUGAUGAAGAAGCACGUUCAAACAAGCAAAUCACAAUCAACAGACGGAUUACCAGAGAUUUCCUCUCAUAUCUUAAAGACUCAGGUGUUCUGGUCCAGUGAGAAGCAUUCCAGUAAGGAUUACUGGCACGACAGAAACCGUGAUAUAUGUCUGAUUGACACCUUGAACGACUUGGAAACUGCACUUAAGAAAGGCCAUCUUCCAGACUUCUUUAAUCCAAGCUUGAACAUCCUGGAAGGAAAAGACCAAAGUCAACUACGGUUAUUGGCUGAACAUUUAAGAUAUGAAAGACAGUCAUUCGAAAGUAAAUAGGGAAUCAACCGUUUACUCAUUGUCUUCAGGACUAGCUUAAAGUUUAGUACAAGGAAAAUAUAUUGUUGCAAACAAAAUGAAGGGAAUUUGAAGAUUAAACGACUUUAAACAAUUCUAUUGGAUUAUCUGAUUAAUGUAGAGUUUUGGGUUCAUUUUCGAUUCAUUGCCUUUGUUACUAGUAUUUGAAUAGGAUUUUACAUGACAUGCAUUCUAUUACCAUUGCGUGUGUUAGGGAUUUGCCUUUUAUUUACACUGUCCUGUGACUUUGUAACAUGGUGGUAGUGGUGGGGUUGGGAGGAGGGGGUAAGUGUGGGGUGAGAUGCGCACCAAGUGGUGGUUUUGCCACUGACCGUGGUCAACUGAUUUUUUUUUGUUUCUAUACUUUGUGUACAUUCUUCUGUUACCUAGUUCGACGAGUUAUUACACUAAUAUACACAUAGAUAUUUUUUCAUGUUUAAGUCAUAUUCACACUUGUUUACAGUUUGGACAUAAUGCAUCUCUUCUCAAUUUGAAAAUCAACAGAUUUAUUCUCCAAUUGCGAUCAAUAGAUUAAGAUCAAACCAUUUAGAAGCGUUAUUAAAUUCCUAUAAAUGUGUAUGUCAUGCGAUUCCUAUUUGAUAUUUGAUGUUUACCAUUUAACUCUACCUUUGUGCAUAUUAAUGACAUUGAAUGACAUUGUAUACACCAUAAACUCAUAUAUUACGAAUUAAAUGAACGACGAUUUUUUUAUAAAACUGUUUUAUUCUUUUCCGUUUCAUUUAGAUCACAGAUUUAUUGACUCUUCACGGGGUAUGAAGAUUUACAAUUUGUAAACAUGUGAUCGUCAUAUUACAUUUAUUGCGAUGUUAUUUUUCUUAAAUUAUUCAAUUAAUUACUUUGUGUCACACGCUGUGUUAACAAAUAUCUUGAAAGGAGAUAUUCAUACACCGUAUAUGAAUGUUUUUAAUUUGUACUUUUGAUUUCAAUAAAAUACUAUUCUGUUUGUAUAAGACUUUGAUUUUAUUUAUUUUACAGAAAAACGAUGCUUUUAUUCAGGCAUUAAAAUGCUAAAAUUAAUGGCUUGUUUUGACUUUUAAGUUAAAUAUCGAAAUAUUAAACCUUUAUUCCAUUAAUCGACUUACAAUUGAUUUUGGACUUUUGUUUAGCAGUCUAACUAAAAUCUAAUAUUUAACACCGUAUCAUUUGUAAUGAUAUCAAUAUAUAAAUCUCAAUGGGCCUGAAUGAAUGUUCGAUUGAAUGUAUAGUCAUCCACUUGUUAGAUAAAACAAGUGUCAUUGGUACAACUUGUUUGAUUAUUUAUUGCUUUGUUAUAAGGCAUUCAGUUACUUCAAAGUAUUAAAUAUACUGUUUGUGUGCACCGUACGCCAGCAAUUUUGUUAAACCUAUUAAUACAUGCCGUCAGGGUAAAUAUCAGUUGUAGGUUUUUUUUCUAAUUUGCGGUGUAAUUUGCGCAAUAAAGACCAUAAAUUACUAUUUCUGGUUUUGUAUUUAAAAAAAGAGCAAUUAAUAUAUUCAAGCAUGGAUUUUUAUGUUUCCGGUUACUGUUGGAUGUAUUGCCGACAAGAAUGAUGUUAAUUCACGGAAAGAGAAAUCGGACCUGGGAGAUAUUAGCUCCGUAUUUAAAAGGAACACUAGUUGAUUUGCUGUAGAUGUUUAUAAAUUGCUUUGUCAAUAGAAACUUUUUCCUUCAUGGAUUUUCUAAUAGAGAAAGAAUGUAAUAUACAGGAACUAAUGCCCCUGUAAACAAAAUUGGACAAAAGUAAUGUGAAAAAUUAAAACAGUCAAUAUUUAGUUGUUGAAGUUUUGACUUUGUUUAAGCGGGAGAAUGUACUCAAUUUGUUUUCAUUAAGCUGCAGUAAAAUCUAUAACUUAGGUAAACUUUAUUGUCAUACAAUGUAAGAUAAUAUUUAAUAGACACAAUCUAAUGGAGGAUUGACCAGGUCUCUAUUGAAUUGAUGAUUAUGAAAAGUUCAUCUAUUGCGUGGUGGAUGAAUCAAAAUAUUUUGGAUAAAUAGUUUAAAUAACAAAUAAAUGAAAUUACAUUCACCUUGUUUUUAAUUUCUUCUAUUUUAUACCUAUAAUUACGCUGACGAUUAUGGAUAGACAUCUAAGAAGCAAGAUACAAAUAAGAGAUGAGAAUGACCAUACAUGGUCUAUACAAUUAGGAAAAUGAUGACAUUGGAUCCAUUUUAUCUUGAAUUAUGUAUAACACAUUUGUAGUCAUGCUUAGUUUGAUGCGACAGAGGCAAGUAACAUACAUUUUAAUUUGAUAUAACGCUGAUUCCAUAUCCACUGACAUAGAAGAUAACAGAGAAAAAAACAAUCUGGAGAAUAAAGAUUUUAAAUACAAAAAGAAUGAUUAUAAAUAAAACAAAUACGAGAAAUAUGUGAAUUUAACGCGCCGGGUUAACAAGUCUAUACAAAUAAAAAUGUAAAAGAAGCAUUGCACUAUGAUAUUUCUAGACUAACUGAUAUGAGCGUACUGACUCAAAAAAUGUGUGUCUAAGUACUUUUUAUUUAAAAUGGAGGAAAAGGAAUCGACAGAGGACAACCUAAAUGAAAAGAAGAAAAAAGUUGGAAAUUACCUGCUCGGCAGGAUCAUAGGAGAAGGAGCAUUUGCUAAAAUUCGACAAGGGUUGCAUAUCAUCGCACGUGAAAAGGUAGCAGUGAAGAUAGUGCCAAAGAAGGCAGCGUUAUUGAGAGAGUAUGUAAAGAAAGGUGUCCGCCGGGAAGCGAUGCUGCUCCAAAAACUAGAACACCCCAACAUCAUCCGUCUGUACGAGAUCAUGGAAACUGAAAAUAGCUAUUAUCUGGUGCUUGAAUUAGCAGAAUCUGGCGAAUUUAUUAAAUAUCUCUCAGAGAAGAAAAAGCUGAGUGAGAGAGAAUGUCAGAAGUUUAUACGUCAGAUGGCAUCAGCUGUAGACCAUAUGUAUACAUCUAAUAUUACGCAUAGGGAUCUUAAACUGGAAAAUCUUCUGUUAGACAAGGACAAUAAUAUCAAAAUCAUAGAUUUUGGUUUAAGUAAUGUGUUCUAUGGAGACUCCAGUCUCAACACUCAGUGCGGAUCACCAGUGUAUGCUGCUCCAGAAAUCUUCUGCAACAGGAAAUACGGACCGGCUGUAGAUAUCUGGAGCAUGGGUAUUUGCAUGUAUGCCAUGCUGACCGGGAAACUUCCGUUUUUGCCAGACCCUCCAAACAACCUUACAUUGCUGCAUUCAAUGAUACUUCGUGGUGCUCAUAUACCUGAAACUAUCAGUGACGGUUGUGCCAAUCUCUUAGCUAGAAUGUUAUGCGUAGAUUUCCACUAUCGAAUCCCAAUAGAAGAUGUACUGUCCCAUUCUUGGAUCAUGGAGAAUCAUCAGACACCAUUGAUUACAAGGCAGCCUCCAAUAGGAAAGCUUUAUCCGCAUGUUCCUAAAGCUGCUGUUGUUAGUUAUAUGACUACUGUUUAUAACUUCAUUGAGGAUGAUGUAUUCUAUUCAGUAAUGGAACGUAAAAUGAACGCAGUAGCUGCCACGUAUCAUUUAUUGCUAAAACGAUUUGAUGCCGGUAUUCAUUUAAUGGGAUUGUCUAUGGGCGCACCUGCUCCUUUUAAAUUACAGCAUCCUAAAUUGCCACCUGAAAAUAUCAAAGUAAUAGAUGAAAAGAUAGGCUUCCCUGCUCUAUCAAAGGAUAUCACUUUAAUGAGUGAAGGCAAUACAGGCAGUUCUAAAACAAAGUUUAAAAGUUAUAUUCAGCUUUUGAAGGACUCAAAACUGAAAAGUGCUCAGUCGGCUAGUGUUCGUUCAGGAUAUAGUUUGUCGUCAAAACAGAAAGACUUCACUCUUAGGCGAUAUAAAACAAGAACAGAUAUAGCACGGCAUACCAAAACGAAGGAAGAGACUGGGUUUCUACCAGACUUCAUUUUAACUUACACACAAAAUGAAAACAGUGUAUUUGAUUCACAAAAUAGAAAAUCAGAAAAAUUUGAGUGGGAACAAACUUUCAUAAUUAGUAAGAAAGAAACCACUAGGUUCGAGCCGAGUGCCAAUGUGAAAAGUAGGCAAAGUGCGAAUGCUCAUUCAAAAUACAGUGAAACGGUAAGGCACACCGACGCCGAUGGCAGGAAUACAGCGGUAGAUGUCCCACUACAGGCUCCCCCUACUACUCCAAUAUCGCCAGCCAUUCCACGUGAACAUGUUAAUGCUAAAGGUAAUAACUUAGAAGAAACAAAAAACAGUGCUGAUAAUGAAGAUGGCAAGCGACCAAUAACUGUUGAAGACCCUUAUCAUGGAGAAACAUGGAGUACAUUUCAUCGACAGAAAGCACAACUGGCACGUGCUGUGAAUGGUCUGGAAAGAAAUACCAAACAGAGCGCGUAUCAGUUUCAUAAACCAAUCACAAAACCAAAAACUCUGACACAGAGAGAAGCAAAAUCUUAUUUCGAUGAGAUAAACAAUGCACAAGUUAUAGGACAAGAAGACUCUUUGAAAGGGAGAAAACCGCUGCCAGUAAAAUCGAAGAGCUUCAUUCUAUAUGGACGAGAAAGGCUAGAACAGCCGGUUCACAUCGUCAACUUGCCGAGUUUGCCCAUUCCGCAAGCUCGUUCGGCAGACCAUCCACCCAUGAAAUCAAAUUCAGAACGGUUGACUCGAAUGGGGUUCUACAGUUCCCGGAUAUAGUCCGUCCCCCGCCGUUCUACGAUGCACGACCAGUAUCUCCACCAAAACAAACUGUUGUAGAUGGCGUAACAGAUGUGAUUAAAGUGCAUAUUACUAGUUCUGCCAAAAAUUAGACAGAGACAACUUCCAUUAUUUGGCCUUAGUGCAUAUUUACAAGUUCUGCCAAAAUUAGUCAAUUUCCAUUAUUCGGCCAUGUGGCUACAUUAUGUAAGUUUUUCAAUUUUAAAGCGUACAAUAUAACAACCAGAAAGGUGUUAUAACGAUUACUACAUGUCUUCUUAUAUAAAACAUCGGUCCUUCGUUUAAAAUAUAUAACAUUGCUGUAUUCAACGCAAAUUUACCGGGCGAAUUAGUCAAAAAUUUGAAAAUAAAAAUAUGAAAAUUAAUUUCUGAUGUCAUAUGGUAAACACUUACUGAAUGGCUUGCCGCUCAGUGGUCAAAACUAUCGGCAUUCAGUCCUUCGGACCUUGAGCAAUAGUUUUGACUACUAUCCGGCAAUUGAUUCAAAAAGUGCUAACUAUUACGGGGUUUCUGUUGCUAGAUUUACAACAGAUUUGCAAAUCCACGACAUUUAAUAUGGUAUACACGGGAAAAAUAACUCGAUUCAGGUAUCAUUGUUUGCUUAUAUCUAUUUUAUUACUUUACGGAUUGUAUUAAGAUAAAAAGCGCCGAUUACAGGAAAUCGAGUGGUGCUUUUCCUUGGCACACAGUCCCAAAACUUUGUUCAAAUACUUCAUCCAAAGCCCAAUGUGCAUGUUACCUACACAUUUGGUCCGUGAUAAAAACAUUAAAAACAUUUGGGCGAAGUGUUAGAGAUUUUUUUUUGAGAAUGUCUGACAGACGUAUCGCGCCGAGUAAAGCACUCGUUUUCCUCAUUUCAACGCUUUUAACGUUAUCACAAUUAGGCAGAUUAUGCAGAAAAGUUACCCGAAUCGAGCGUGUAUACGAUACUGAAAUGUCACUUGGGUUGGCCGCCCUGUACAUGUAUCAAUAAAAAAUUCUCUGGUAUGUAUAGAACACUUUGCAUUGGAACAGAUAAAUGAUACAUUAUAUAAUGUAUCUUUCUUUAGUCUUUCAUGUAAAUAUUGUUUGUCUCGUGAAACAAUUGUUAAAUAUAUUGAUAAUUUCUAUGUAUUAAAUGCGUUCAGCUGUUGAA